AUGACUUGGGUUGAUAGAGUGAAUGACUUUGUUGCUCAUUCAAGAGUCGGCAAAUUCUUUCAAUUGGAUGGAUCUGGUGCUAGACGUGAAAGAAAGGGCACUCGAUUCAUGACUGAAAUCCGUGCUGGUUUAACUACCUUCUUUGCUAUGGCCUACAUUAUUUCAGUCAAUGCCUCCAUCAUCAGUGACAGUGGAGGAACCUGUGAAUGUGUUCCCACCGAAACUGAUCCCACUUGCGAUUUGAACGACGAUUACAUGGCUUGUGUCUAUCAAGUCAAAUUAGACAUGAUUAUGGGUACCACCAUCAUUGCCUUGAUCUCUAGUUUUUUGAUUGGUGUCUGCGCCAAUUUGCCCAUUGGUAUGGCUCCUGGUAUGGGUCUCAAUGCUUAUUUCACUUACACUGUUGUCGGUUAUCACGGUUCUGGCAAGGUUAGCUACGAAACUGCCUUGGCUGCUGUCUUUAUCGAAGGCAUCAUUUUCUUGGUGCUCUCCAUCUUUGGUAUCCGUCAAUGGCUUGCUCGUAUCAUCCCCAUGAGUAUCAAGAUUGCUAUGGGUUGUGGUAUUGGUCUUUAUCUCUGUUUCAUUGGUCUUCAAUCAUCUGCUGGUAUCGGACUGGUUAGACUUGAUUUAUCUACGCUCGUUACUCUGGGUGCUUGCCCUACAGAGGCUCUCAGUGCUGAUGGUGUCUGCCAAUGGGGUCGUAUGACUAAUGGUACUACUUAUAUGGGUAUGCUUGGCCUUGUCAUUAUGGCCAUCUUGUUGCUCUACCGUGUCCGUGGUGCCAUCUUGAUCUCUAUUGUCUUUAUUGCCAUCACCUCAUGGCCCCGUAACAAUGCUGUUACCUAUUUCCCUUAUACCGCUCACGGUGAUCUCAUGUUCAACUUUUUCAAGAACGUCGUCUCUCUUCACAAAAUGGACCAUGUUCUCGGUAAAUUCGAUUUCAACUUGAGCGGCAAGGACAUCUGGAUUGCUUUGAUUACUUUCCUUUACGUUGAUAUCAUGGACACCACUGGUACCAUGUACUCUAUGGCCAACUAUGGUGGUUUCACUGACAAGGCUGGUGACUUCGAGCACUCUACUUAUGCUUUCAUGACGGAUGCCGCCUCCAUCUCCAUUGGUGCCUGUUUCGGUAGCUCCCCCUGUACUGCCUUUGUUGAAUCUGGUGCUGGUAUCGCUGAAGGUGGUCGCACUGGUAUUACUGCCAUUGCUACUGCAUUCGGCUUCUUUGUCAGUAUCUUCUUCUCUCCCAUCUUUGCUAGUUUCCCUCCAUGGUCUACUGGCCCCGCAUUGAUCGUGGUUGGCUCCAUGAUGCUUUCAGGUGUGCGUAAUAUUAACUGGGAUUAUCCUGGAGAUGCCAUCCCUGCUUUCAUUACCUUGACUGUCAUGCCUUUCACUUACUCUAUUGCUUAUGGUGUCAUUGGUGGUAUCAUCUCUUACAUUAUCAUCAAUGGUUUCGUCUACCUCGUCGACAAGCUCUCUCGCGGUUACAUUCGUCCUGACUACUCUCAGCGUGAAGACUGGUGGACCGCUGCUUUGAGCCGUCCCUUCUUGCCUACCUGGGUCCGUUUCCUGGUUGCCAAAUCCAGAGGUCAGCCUUUCGACUGGCAUGAAGAUGAAUACGAGUUUGAAGAUGAAGAGCCUCAAGAUGUCAUUCACGAAGACAAUCAUCACGAGAAGAGAACUGCCUCUCAAGACCGUAUUGUUGACAAUAUUAGUGCUCACAGCUUGAACGAAACCACUUCGGUCUCUUACAACGAGAAGGUGAUGCAUUAA